AGAGAGCGAUAGAGUGAGAGAGAGGGAGAGAGCGAACGAGCGAGCCGAGAGCGAGCCAGCUAGGUGUCUCGUGCAGAGUUGUCGUGCAGACACACACGGCGCGCGGAGGACCCUGCAGUUAUUAUUAAAACGGGCUCGUUUGUAUACAUUUGUCAGAUUUACGCAGAAGAAGAGCAAGAAGAAGAAGAAGAAGAAGAAGUGCCUGGAAAGAGGGGAGGAGGAAUAAUCAAAACGCAACACGUAUCCGGUGGGAUCCCACUCCUGAGAGAGAGAGAAGCGGCAGGAGUUGGGUGCGAGGAAAGCGAGAGGGAGAAAGAAGGAGAAGGAGAAGAAGAAGGGCAAAAGAUUUGGCACUUCGCUUGCAACUGUGCGCUUUUCAUUAAUAAAGAGGAAUAAUGAGGAACGUUUGGAUAAUUUUCACCCUCGGCUUGACUGUCUUCCUCUCCGGGGAAAGGAUAGCAGAAGCCGCCAAGACUUCCUCUCAGGCUGACGACUUGUACCUGGACGACACAGGCUCGGGAGGCUACUACCCCGAAGACGAUGAUGACUUUAACUCAGGGUCGGGCUCAGGCGGGGGUGAAGUCGUGCCGGAGCAGACGACCGUCAGCAUGGUUUAUAUCGAACCCAAGGCGGCGCAACCCACCCAGGACUCCACCAAAGAUUUCACCCCCAAGAUGGACACGUCCACGGUUAGAGAAAAGGCCAGAGACAGCACGCCCAGGAAACCGUUCAGAACAGAGGUCCAAGUGCCAGUCACGGAGGAAUUUCCAAGGAUGACUAGUACGACCAGUGCCCCCGGCUCACCUCAGGAGCCCGUCGAGGUCCGCACUGAAAACCUCUUCCAGAGGACAGAGGUGCUGGCAGCCGUUAUCGCGGGAGGCGUGAUCGGCUUCCUGUUCGCCAUCUUCCUCAUCCUCCUGCUCGUCUACCGCAUGAGGAAGAAGGACGAGGGCAGCUACGACCUGGGAGAGAGGAAACCCUCCGGCGCCGCCUACCAGAAGGCCCCAACCAAGGAGUUUUAUGCAUAAAAACACCACCCACUCCCCUCCCAAAAAAAAAAAAAAAGCCCUCCCGGUCACCAGAUCGCCAAAUCCAGAGCGACUCUUGGAAAAAGCGCAGUCUGUUACAACAGCGAAACCCGUUCAAACACAAACAGAAGCAACAAAACGUUUUCAAGUCGAUUGAGGUCAAACAGCUCAAAGGAAAGCUUUUGCAUAGAGUAUUGUAAUUAAGACCUUUUCUUUCUUCUUUUUUUUUUUUUUUUUUUUUGUUUUUAAAUGAAACCCAAGCAUUUUUCCUUUUAUGGCGAAUCUGAGUAUAUUUAAACAUUUUGUGUACUAUUUGAAAAAGGCUGAAAAAAAUAAAAAGUAAAAGCAGGAAUCUGUAAAGACGCGGAGGCCGAACGCUUCCGUCUUCUGUCAGAGGAGCCGUUUUUAGUCGCUGACUACUUUUAACUGUAGCAGUAUGUUAUUUGUAAAGAAAAAAAAAAUUAAAUGAUCGAAUAUAAUUAUACUGUAUCAAACCUACUUUCAUUUUUUUCUUUUUAUUUUGUCCUAGCAUGUCUGAUGUUGAUCUCUAAAGGUGUAUUACAUUAAUUUAUCUUUUCUCUGAUGUUAAAAAAAAAAAAAGUGGAAAAAAAAAAAAAGAAUUGCCUUUGUAGUUUCGAUGAAGCUCUCCGGUCUUCAUAUUAACGCUGUUAACGGUCAAUGUAAAUGUUCUCCCUUCAGGUUACAAUGUUUAUUAUUUGCUCUCACCCGUCAGACGUGGGCGUUUAUGUCUCGUUCCUUAUUUGUUUGUUCUCUUCUCAGUUCUCAUAUUUUUUUUUUUGUUUUUUUUUUGGUUUUCGACAGUGUUUUAUUUUCAUACGCAGGAAUCGGGUCUUGAUGAAGAUGAAGAAGAAGAGAAAAAAAAGAAACAUGUCAGGGCUCGAGGGGGAAACAAAAAAAGAGAAGCUAAAAAGUAAACCGGUUUCAUGUCUCGCUCAAAUACUUUUCUAUUUAAAUUCAUCCUCUCUUGCACAUUCACUGCUUUUGUUUCCCAAUGCUGUCUCGCUGCUUCGUGUGUUUGUGGCGUGCUCCAUCUCCCUCCUCCCUCCUCCUCCUCGAUGUGUCCCUCAAGUUUACCGACUGCAUCCAAUCUCUGCUAGCACACUUGCACCCUCGCAUCUCUCCCACCUCUUUAUAAUCAGAUUGGAGCGCGGCCAGCCGUCAGUCCAUCCCCUCCUCUCCUCCUUUUCUCACCGAGUCGACCGAGUUUGCCUGGCGUCAUUGUCCCGGCCGCGAUGCUUUAGGGCCAAAGAUCUGCUCCGCGAAGUUCCCGCGGACGCGAGGCUAAAGCUAGGGCCGCGCGCAGACCUCCGCGGUGAUAAAUAAAAAAUAAGUCUUCACGUUGAGGGCUAUUUCGGGGCACGUGUUGAGCUGUGAGGUUUGCUCUGAUGCCAUUCUGCAUCCCAAAAAAUAAAAUAAAAAAAAGACACAAAACGGCAGCUUCGAGAUAGUAACUCUUUCACAUUUAGCGCUAGAUCCGCGGGGAGAUUCCGUUUCGUCCGUUAGGUUUCGUCUGAAGUUGCCUUUUUUUUUUUUUUUUUUCAUCUGUACAGUGAAGUAAAUCCAGUAGAUGCAGUCACAUCGUCUAAACUCCUAACGCCGCCGCUCUCACGGUGACCCUCUCCUCGUUCCAUCCUUCCCUCAUCUCUGUUGUUCCUUUCUCGUCAUCGGACCUAAGGUACUGAAAUAUACUGAAGAACCCAAAGACUCACAGUAUUUCUGUCCCCACCAUCCCUCCCCCCUCCUUCCAUCGUGGCCACAUCAUGUUGUUUCCUCUUUCUCUCUCUUAUUUUUUUUUCCUUCACUCUUGUUUCUCUCUAUUAGAGACCUGACCUUUGAGUCCAAUUGCUUAUUAGCAUAUGAAAAGAUAUAUAAAUAUAUAUAAAUGUAUAUUCACAAAUGUUUUAAACCUUCAAAGUGCCUACCAUUUGGAAAUGUACUUGCUCAAGGUGAGCAUGUGGCGGGUGUGUACACAAAGGAGGGGUGUAAACGACUUGACUGGCAUUCUGUGAGCAUGGAUGACUGUAAUGGUAACUUUUUUUUAGUCUUACAAAAGCUGACAGUAUUGUACCUAUAAGUUGAAACAACACUACUGAAUAAACAUUGUGGCCUAAUAUCCA